GGAAUCAAACCUGGGACCCUUGAGUCCGCAGGCCAAUGCUCUAUCCACUGAGCCAAACACGUUAGGGCUGGCGGUCUUGUAAACAAGAAUUCAUUCUUCCUCUGACAGUUAUUGUUUUGUAUUUAAUUUUGUCUAUAAUUUUAAUAAAUUAGAGCUUUUUUUACACAACUAUCUUGGUUUAAUGAGUAUCACAAAAUGGUUCUUUUGGAACAAGUGUACAUGUUUAAUGAAAUUAUAACUGUCAGUAAAAGUCUUUCCAUCUCCCAUUACUACCAGAGUACAUAUAAUGGAGACAGAAGUUAUCAAUGGAAUGAAAAUUGGAAAAAAUUUAAGCAAGAGUCAUAUCUUAAUCAUCAGAGAAGCGAGUUUGCAGAGGAGCAUUAUAAAAGUGGAAGAGUCUGUUACCCAAGGUGCAAUCACAAAAUACGUGAGGUUAUUCCUAUUGUAGAUAUGAUACACAAAGGAAAUAAAUCUGUCCAGUCUUUUCAACAGUCUUCAAAUUACGCUGAACAAGAGAAUAUUCAUCCUGGGGAGAAAGCUGACAAAUGGAAUCCUCGUGUUAUAAUCUCCAGUCAAAUAUUCAAGAAAAAAAUCCACAGUGGAAAAAAAUCUUAUAAAUGUAGAGAAUGUGGUAAAGAAUUCCUUUCUGUCUCAAACCUGAAUCGACAUCAGAAAAUUCAUAAUGGAGAGAAACAUUACAUGAGAGAAUGUGGCAAAGCCUUUAUAUCGUUCUCACACCUUACUACGCAUCAGAGAGUUCAUACUGGAGAGAAGCCUUAUAAAUGUAGAGAAUGUGGCAAAGCCUUCAGCGAAUCCUCCUCUCUUAAUAGACAUCAGAGAAUUCAUACAGGAGAGAAACCUUAUAAAUGUAGAGAAUGUGGCAAAGCCUUUACUGGUUACUCCUCUCUUCAUCAUCAUCGGAGAGUUCAUACUGGAGAGAAGCCGUAUAAAUGCAGAGAAUGUGGCAAAGCCUUUGGUGCUUCCUCCUCUCUUAAUCAACAUCAGAGAGUUCAUACUGGAGAGAAGCCUUAUAAAUGUAGAGAAUGUGGCAAAGCCUUUACAUCUUCCUCCUCCCUUAAUCGACAUCAGAGUGUCCAUACUGGAGAGAAGCCUUUUAAAUGUAGAGAAUGUGGUAAAGCCUUUAGACGGUCCUCACAACUUGGUAAGCAUAAGAAAGUUCAUAUUGGAGAGAAGCCACAUGAAUGAAGAGAAUGUAGCACAUCCAUUGGCAGCUCCUCAAACCUUACUGCACAUCAGAGAGGUCAUACUGGAUAGGAGCCUUAUAAAUGUAAGCAUGUAACAAAGCCUUUAAUCAGUAUUUUUGCCUUAUUGUACAGAAGAGUUCAUACUUGAGAGAAGUAUUACAGAUAUGUGAAGUGUCAUAAUCCUUGACCAGCAGUGAGAACUUACUGAACAUCACAGAAUUCUGACUGUGAACAAGCCUUAUGAAUGUGAAAAAGUAAAGCCUUUGAAAUCCAUUCAUAUAUUACAAUACAUGGGAGACUUCAUACUGAAGGAGAAACCUUUAACAUGCAGAGCAUGUGCAAGAUCCUAUACCUAUAGAUGUAAUGGAUAUCGGAUUCUUAUAGUGGGGAAAAGCUUUAAACUAUAAAAAUGUGAGAAAGCACUGACUGGCUUGCCUCAGUGGUUUAGCUUAGAUGUAUGAACCAGGAGGUCAGGGUGCAAUUCCUGCUCAGGGCACAAGCCCCAGUUGGGGGCUCAAUUCCAGGUGUGGGUCAUACAGGAUCCAGCCGAUCAGUGAUUCCCUCUCAUCAUUGAUGUCUCUAUAGCCCCAUCUCUUUUCCUGUCUGUGCUAUAAUAAUGGCAUCUAAACUUCUUCCUCCCCCACAUCAGCCCUUCAGGCCCCUGUAGCUUCUGUUCAGUACUUUGGAAUUUUACUAAUGAUGUAACUGACAUCAGAAUUUGACAAAUAUAUAACUUUACAUUCAUGAAAUAGGAACCCACCAUUCUAUUUUUAGCAGGAUUCUAAAGUUUUGAAUAUUAUUAAUUUUUGGAAUAUAAUAAAUUGGCUUCUGUGUACUUUA